AUGUCUAUAAUUUUCGCAGUUGGACUUAAUUUCGGACUAGUGAAUGGGUACGAUGGUGGUGUUGGUCUGAAAUUUACCUGGACAAAAGUAGAGUUAAAAAGAGACAUGGCCAACAUUCUAUUACGCCGUGCGCUAAUAGAUGCGAUUCGCGUACCAGCUGGUACCAGGGCUUCUAGCGAGCUUGCUAAGAUUGGCAACCGUGAGUGGGUAGGAUAUGGUUUCAAUGGCCAGCCCAACUAUGCAGACAGGCCUGAUUUCCCCAUUCCAGCAGUUAGGUUCCGCCCUGACACACCUGACAUCAAGGUUCUUCGUGAAAAAGAGAAGGGCGAUUGGCGUAAAUUGACUCUGGAGGAGAAGAAAGCACUAUACCGUGCCUCCUUCUGCCAGACAUUCGCCGAGUUUCAAGCGCCCACAGGGGAAUGGAAAGGUGUUUUGGGCUGGGCCCUUACCAUUGCAUCUCUUUCCAUCUGGAUCUAUAUGGGAAUGAAAUUAUUCGUAUACAGUCCUCUGCCUGAAUCAUUUGAUGAAGAUGCUCAGAAGGCGCAGCUGAAGAGAAUGCUGGACCUCAAGGUGAACCCUGUGGAUGGACUCUCCUCCAAGUGGGACUAUGAGAACAACCGCUGGAAUGAACGUAUCAAAUAUUUGAAUUUCGAAUUGCAGCCAUUGGAAUUUUCCAUGUUCUAUAUUUUAAAAAAAAUUGUUCUUUUUUGGUUCUUGAGUAGUUUUGUUGGUUUUAACGCACUUAUAGAAUUACCACAAGUUGAAGUUAACGAUCUUGUAACAACAGAAAAAAUAAUCAGGACUUCUACAAACAGCAUCUUGUCCAUUCUCAAUUGUGUGAAACCUGAAAAUAGUUCAAAAAUUAAAGAAUAUUCAACUCUCCAUCGAUAUUUCGUAUCUGUGACGUUGGAGGAUUCAAACAAUUUAAAACGUAUAGCACGUUUAACCAGAGUUGAUCAUAAAAAAUUUAAUAACUCUACAGAAAAUUUAACGGCAAUUUUAAACGACUUGCUCAAUGAGAAUCAAUAUAAGCUGAUAUCGAAUGAAACUGCUGAAAAGGAUGAUGAUACUGAUGUAGUGCUACACGUAGAUACUUUUCUUGCUAAACUAGAAGCAUUAAAGGAAAUUUAUGGUGUCAAUAAAGUAUUUACUGAUAUUAAUACGAAUAUCAUAAAACUUUUCAAAGAGACCAGUGAACUACAAUUGAUACCAAAGUCAAAUAAUUUGACAAGCCAAGUUGUAGAUAAUGAUACUAUAGUUGAGAGCAAUGAAUUUUGGGGUAAGCUUUAUUCUUGA